AUGGCCUACGAACUAACUGAGCAAAAGAAAGUUGGGUUGGGACUCUUCGGAUUUGGUAUAUCCUUUACGUUUCUUGGUGUCAUCUUGUACUUCGACAGAGGUUUGCUUGCUCUUGGAAACUUAUUUUGGUUGAUAGGUGUUGGACUUUUACUUGGUUGGCAGUCAACUUGGAGACUAUUUACCAACGUUAAUAACUUGAGGGGCACUGUCUGUUUCGUCAUUGGAAUCUUUCUUAUAUUUGUACGUUGGCCAAUAAUCGGAAUUAUCUUGGAGAUAUACGGUUGCAUUGUCCUCUUCGGGGGAUUUUGGUCGACUGUGAAGGCAUUCCUUUCACAGAUUCCGUUUGUUGGAUGGAUACUACAAUAUCCUCUCAUGGUUAUUGAGCAAGUUAUACGAGGUUCUCGUUGA